AUGGGAACUACAACCCUUGUAGGUGGCGUCGCCACAACGUCUGCCGUGGCGGUUGUUAUUUCUUUGGUGAGUGUGACCUACAUCGUCAAUGACAUUAAUACCUUCUACGAGGACGCUCUUCUGGAACUGGAUAAUUUUAAGGACAUCGCCAACUCUGCAUGGCAUAAGAUGCGCACUGCUCCGGAAGUGGCUCGAGAGAAGAGAGCAGUACUCAUUAGGAGACGUAACGCUGGUGGUUCUGCCUGCAACUGCGGUCAUCAAGCUAAUAGCUGUCCCGCAGGACCACCCGGACCUCCAGGAGAAGCGGGACAGCCUGGAGAUGAUGGUGAGGCAGGAGCGCUAGGACAGCCAGGACGUGACGGUAGUUCAGAAGGCGGCAAUGGAUCGAACGGCAGUUGUAUCCAGUGCCCUGCUGGUCCACCAGGACCACCGGGACCCGAUGGAGAUGCUGGACCUGCUGGACCCGAUGGAAACCCAGGAGCACCAGGAGCCGCAUCUGGGCCUGGACCAGCCGGACCCCAAGGACCACCUGGAGAUGCCGGACAACCCGGAGCACCUGGGGAGGCUGGAGCACCUGGAGAAGUGGGAGCACCUGGAACUAGUGGUAAAGGACUUCCUGGACCAGCCGGACCUGCUGGAUCAAUUGGUGCACCUGGACAGCCUGGAGCGGAUGGAGAUGCUGCAGGUGCCGGAAAUCCUGGUCCACCCGGUCCUUCUGGACCUGCAGGUAGUCCCGGACAAUCUGGUACCGACGGAGCACUAGGAGAUCCUGGAGCUGAUGGAACACCCGGCAGCGAUGGAGAAUACUGUCCAUGUCCAACGAGAAGUAGCGCUCCAAUGGAUGCUCCAAGCUCUGCAAACUAUGAAAACGCUGCUCUUGCUGAUAAUCCCGAACCAGCGGAAAUUGGAAAGGACGACAAUGACAGCAACAGUGGCAGCGACAGUAUUAGUGGCAGCGACAGUAGUAGUGACGAAGGUGAGGACGAAAAAUCGAGGAAAGCUCUUCAUCGUGUUGCUGCGACAAGGCGUUUGGCCGCAAAGAAGGUCGUCAGGAAGGUUGCACGGAAUGCUGCCAAAAAGGUCGUUCGAAAAGCUUAG